UUUUAUCUGGAAGAUGAUAAAGUGCUGCCUUGAGUGCAGUAGUUGGUACUAAUUGGGGACAUUACAGGAUGGGAAUGUUGUCAUUCAUCAAACUAUAGUUCUGUGGGGAAAAAAGGAAUCUAUUCACGUUUGGUAAGAUGGACCACAUAAAUAACAACAAAGGCACUGAAGAGUGUGACCAUCGCCCACCUCCAUACAGUCCUGCCGUGUAUCCGGACCCUUCCUACACAGUAACAACUUAUCAGGUAGGGAAGGGCGACAUUUCUGUUGUCUGCCCUCCUGGACCCUAUGACAACUUAAGCUAUGCUGAGGACCCCCCAACAUAUGGAGGCUAUCCCCAGUAUGGCCAAGCUCCGCCUCCUUAUCCCGAGGUCCCGGUCUUCUGUGACUUUAGUGACAAAGCAAUCCGGAAAGGGUUCAUAAAAAAAGUCUACCUGACGCUGAUGACUCAGCUGCUGAUCACUGUUGGGAUCAUCUGUGGUUUCAUUUACUGGGACAAACUCAAGAUGUGGGUGGUGGAAAACAACUAUUUCACCUACUCCAUGAUAGCUGUAGGAUCGGUUCUCCUUGUGAUCAUGUCCAUAUUUGGCAAACUUCACCGUCAAGCACCCCUCAACUAUCUAGCCCUGAGCCUUUUUACGAUCACAGAAGGCGUGAUGCUUGGAUCUGUGACAGUGUACUUCAAGGCCGAGGCUGUUAUGUGGGCUGUGGGUGCAACAGCAUUUGUUACCUUAGGCAUAACUUUGUUUGCGUCACAGUCAAAGUUCGACUUCACCCCAGCAGCUGCGAGCAUGUGGACGUUGGCCUGGUCUUUAUUUUCCCUCUGCAUACUUUGUGCCGCCAUCCAAUCACAGUAUUUGUAUAUCGUCUACGCCUUCCUGGCAUCCUUGGUGUUUUCACUGUUCUUGGUGUUUGAUACCAUGCUCAUCCUGGGUGGGAAACACAGGCGAUAUGAAAUCUCGCCUGAGGAGUACGUGUUUGCCGCUCUCACCCUGUAUGUGGACAUUGUCAGCUUGUUCCUCAUCAUCCUGCAGUUCAUCAACCUGUGCUUUGGCAGAUAAACCCCCAAGUACCUCCUUCAUGGACAAUGAUGAUCAUGAGAUGCUAACAAAAAAAAGACAAAAUAUUUUCUGCUUUUAUGGAACAUUAAUUACACAAAUUUCUAGUAAAGCUUUGUAGACACUCUGAUUUCAAUUUUGUGUUCCUUAUAAGUGUCAAUUCUUUUUAUAUAGUCAACACCUUUCUUUCCUGUUGUUUAUCCUUCAGUUGGCACUUUCUGUGCUUUCAUUUCAGCAAAAAUAAGCUAUUAGUUGUCAUUAUUACACUUUAUCAGUUCUCAUCUAAAUGUAGUAAGAAGUUUUCUGAACUCUUUUCACUUUAGACUGUUAAAUUUUGUAGGUUUUAUAAAAAGAAACUUAGAAGUAAUACGAGAGUCUCGUAACAUAUUACAACUCUGAGUAAUAUUGUAUGGUAAGGAAUUACUUUUGAACAUUGAAAAAUAAUCCGUUAUGCAUUACAGUUUUGAAGUAACUAACACAACACUGUGCACGCCACACAUAUUAAAGCACACA